GUAUGCAAGCUGCGAGAUGUCCUACAGAUGAAUUAUCUUUAACCAACUGUGCAGUCGUGAAUGAAAAGGAUUUCCAGUCUGGCCAGCAUGUCAUCGUGAGGACCUCACCCAAUCACAGGUACACGUUUACACUGAGGACCCAUCCAUCAGUGGUUCCAGGGAGCAUUGCAUUCAGCUUACCUCAGCGAAAAUGGGCCGGACUUUCUAUUGGGCAAGAAAUAGAAGUCUCCUUAUAUACAUUUGACAAAGCCAAACAAUGUAUUGGCACAAUGACCAUCGAGAUUGAUUUCCUGCAGAAAAAAAGCAUCGACUCCAACCCUUACGACACCGACAAGAUGGCAGCAGAAUUUAUUCAGCAGUUUAACAAUCAGGCCUUCUCAGUGGGACAGCAGCUUGUAUUUAGCUUUAAUGAAAAGCUUUUUGGCUUAUUGGUGAAGGAUAUUGAAGCCAUGGAUCCUAGUAUCCUAAAGGGAGAACCGGCGACAGGUAAAAGACAGAAGAUUGAAGUUGGACUGGUCGUUGGAAACAGUCAAGUUGCAUUUGAAAAAGCAGAAAAUUCAUCCCUCAAUCUUAUAGGAAAAUCUAAAACCAAGGAAAAUCGUCAAUCUAUCAUCAAUCCUGACUGGAACUUUGAAAAAAUGGGAAUAGGCGGUCUGGACAAGGAGUUUUCAGAUAUUUUUCGACGAGCAUUUGCUUCCCGAGUAUUUCCUCCAGAGAUUGUGGAGCAGAUGGGUUGUAAACAUGUGAAAGGCAUUCUGUUAUAUGGCCCCCCAGGCUGUGGUAAGACUCUCUUGGCCCGACAGAUUGGCAAGAUGUUGAAUGCAAGAGAGCCCAAAGUAGUCAACGGACCAGAAAUCCUUAACAAAUAUGUGGGAGAAUCAGAGGCCAACAUUCGUAAACUCUUUGCUGAUGCUGAAGAGGAACAGAGGAGGCUUGGUGCUAACAGUGGUUUGCAUAUUAUCAUCUUUGAUGAAAUUGAUGCCAUCUGCAAGCAGAGAGGAAGCAUGGCUGGUAGCACAGGAGUUCAUGACACCGUCGUCAACCAGUUGCUGUCCAAAAUUGAUGGGGUGGAGCAACUGAACAACAUCCUAGUCAUUGGAAUGACCAAUAGACCAGAUCUGAUAGAUGAGGCUCUUCUUCGACCUGGAAGGCUGGAAGUUAAAAUGGAGAUAGGCUUGCCAGACGAGAAAGGUCGACUACAGAUCCUUCACAUCCACACAGCAAGGAUGAGAGGGCAUCAGUUACUCUCUGCUGAUGUAGACAUUAAAGAGCUUGCUGUGGAGACCAAGAAUUUCAGCGGAGCUGAGCUAGAGGGUCUGGUGCGAGCCGCUCAGUCUACUGCUAUGAACAGGCACAUAAAGGCCAGUACUAAAGUGGAAGUAGACAUGGAGAAAGCAGAAAGCCUGCAGGUGACAAGAGGAGACUUCUUUGCUUCUUUGGAGAAUGACAUCAAACCAGCAUUUGGCACAAACCAAGAGGAUUACGCAAGCUACAUUAUGAAUGGUAUCAUCAAAUGGGGUGACCCAGUUACUCGAGUUCUGGAUGACGGAGAGCUGCUGGUUCAGCCGACUAAAAACAGUGGCCCUCCUCACAGUGGGAAGACUGCAUUAGCUGCAAAGAUUGCAGAGGAGUCCAACUUCCCCUUCAUCAAGAUCUGUUCUCCUGAUAAGAUGAUUGGCUUUUCUGAGACAGCCAAAUGUCAGGCCAUGAAGAAGAUCUUUGAUGAUGCAUACAAAUCCCAGCUCAGUUGUGUGGUUGUGGAUGACAUUGAGAGAUUGCUUGAUUAUGUCCCUAUUGGCCCUCGAUUUUCUAAUCUGGUAUUACAAGCUCUUCUUGUGUUAUUGAAAAAGGCACCUCCUCAGGGGCGCAAGCUUCUUAUCAUUGGGACCACCAGCCGCAAAGAUGUCCUUCAGGAGAUGGAAAUGCUUAACGCUUUCAGCACCACCAUCCAUGUGCCCAACAUCGCCACAGGGGAGCAGCUGCUGGAAGCUUUGGAGCUUUUGGGCAACUUCAAGGAUAAAGAACGCACCACAAUUUCACAGCAAGUCAAAGGGAAGAAGGUCUGGAUAGGAAUCAAGAAGUUACUAAUGUUGAUCGAGAUGUCCCUACAGAUGGAUCCUGAAUACCGUGUGAGAAAGUUCUUGGCCCUCUUAAGAGAAGAAGGAGCUAGCCCCCUUGAAUUUGAUUGAAAACAGUUUGUGACACGCACUGACCAAGGGAAGUGACCAAGGUGAAGAAGGCCUGGGAUCUUCACUCAUCUCAUUCGCGAUCCUGGACUCCGUGAAAUAAUCUCUACCUUCAACACGUGCUCGCUCUGCAUGAGUAGUGCAAUGCAGCUCUCUCCCUUGCUUAUUACAACAUUCUGGUGUUUUGUGACAGGUGCAGAUUUGCUUUAGAAUGCUGUGCUCACCUUUCCAUGCAAGCUGCUUCCUUCUUACCUGGCCUCUCCAUGUAGGAGACAUACUGUACUUGUGAACACUACACCUUUUAAGCCCCCACCCGUCUCCCAGUACUGUCUAGAAAUGGGGUGAAUGUUGCAAGACCACACUUGGCCUGUUAAUAGGUAGGCUCCAACGUGCAAACCUGGAGCAGUGAACAAAGGAUUCUCUUACAUUUCUGACCUGACAGUAAAGAUAGUUGGGUAUUCAGUUAAAGGUUCUCCCACAAAACUGGUUAUUAUUUUUGCCUGGAGAAACAGGGCCUUGAAUAUCUACGAUGCUGCUCUCAAUCAUUUCCAGAGAUGUUUCCAAGAUUCAAUCAGGAGAUCUUCCUUAAUAGAAAGUGAGAUGAUUAUUGUGUUGUCUGUGGCAUCUCCUUAGUACACCUGAUGUGCUCUGUGGUGAGAGGCUUGCUAAUUAUCACACUCGGUGGGUGUCGUUAGAAACAUAGGAGAGAUUCGGAUGGAAAAGUGUACACCUCUACACAGAAAGGAGUUAUUAAAAUAAUUUACAAGCCUCUCGGCACUAAUUAGUACCCAGCUCUAAGUGGGUCAAUAUCUUGGUAUAAUAUGAAAGGCUUAUUAGUAUCCCCAUUUUUCCUUUCUCCUUAUCUUAAUGACUUACUUAGAAUUUAUCCUUCCUUUACUUCAAAUGAUCUGUACUAUCUAGUAUCUAAAUAAAACACUAUUAUUCUCCAGAAGACGUAAACCAUUUUCCAGCCCCAUCCCCUCAGUCCUUCAACGUCCAUUCCAAUACGCUGAACACAUUUCUUUCCCCUCUACAUGCCUUUUCCAAAGAAAGGAACACUUGCUGAGUCUUUUGGUGGAGCUCUGUCUUACGGCUGCUUGAGAAGGAGUUCAGUCAGGACAUGCUAUUUGGUUAUGAGACUUAGGGAGCAUGCCACUCUUCCCAUUGCUGCUUAAAACGUGAGAAGCUGUGGGAGGCCACCCUGAGCUGCAGCACCGACCGCAGGCAGGCCAACACCGCAGGCCACUGAGGCUCCAUC